AUGUCUAUUGCGGCACCCACCAUAACGUCCUCCAUCAUUCCAAAACGCCCCGCCAUCACGGAGCCUGCGACGGCGACUGUCUAUGAUAUGACCAUGCCUGUCAGUUUACGCGAGCUGGCCACCCACAUCGCUGGCGCAGCUGAGAGAGCAUCGCUGUGCCCGCCGCCUACUUUGACCGAAACGGCCGUCGUUUCUGCGCGCGUCCAUCGCCACCGUGGCAGCACAGAGGCUCGCGGAAAAUACCGCUUCCACCCGUACCUGCGGCCCAACCACGUCAGGAAGCCGGGGCGCGCGGCAGGAUGCUCGGUCAAGCCUGCUGUGGUAGUGGGUGCGUCUGCGUUCCUCGGCUCACCUGUAUUCGCGCCCCACGGAGACAAUUAUGGCACCGCGCCCGUAUCGGAGUUUUACAAAAUCAAGGCGGCCUUGUAG